AUGGAUUUUCUGAAAGAACUCCCUGAACAAAUAUUUCGAGACAUCUUACUAAGAGUGUCUUAUAAAUCUCAACAAAAGAUUGAGGAGUUAUUGGAGCCUGCUAAAGAAAUGAUAGAAUGUUCCCAAUUUUAUCAAGACAGAAUUAAGUUUGGGCUGGCUAAGAAAUAUAUAUGCUUGCUCCACGUUGCUGCGAUAAUUAUAUACGAUCCAGUUGAUCAAUCACAAAUAAUUUUUAAUUCGAGCUCUACUUCAACAAUUUUGAUAUAUGAUUUAUUAUCUAAAACAUGGAAGCAAGGAGCUAAAAUUCCAACUGUCAGAUAUGGGUUUGCAUCUUAUGUCUCACCUGAAGGAUUGAUUUACGUGGCAGGAGGUUUUGUCGGUUCUAAUAGUGCCUCACGUAAAGCAGCAGUAUACGAAGUAUAUGAAGACGAGUGGGAGUUUCUUCCUGACAUGCACCAUUUAAUGACCGAUUGUAGGGGUGUAUUUUAUGAAGGAAUACAAAGAUUUGAUCCCAACACGAGUAUGGACAACAAUAGAAAAUUUGUCUUUUUACCAUCCACGGGACGUCCAUGUUAUGUUUGGACGACUAAUUGCGGUUACAUGCAAUGA